GUUGGAAGUCGGAAAAUCAGCUUAAAAUUCUGAAAACUGUCAAGAGAGAAAUAAGAGAUAUUUCAAAAUGGAUAGAUGGGAUCUGCCUCCAUUUAUUUUCAAGGGCCUCCCGCAAACAGAAGUUCGCGAAAAAUGGGUCCGUUAUAAGCGACAGUUUGAUUACAUGGCUCUGGCAAAUGCUACCACAAAUAAAAUUCGUUUGAAGAACAUUUUCCUUUCGCGAGCGGGGCCAGAUGUGCAAGAGGUUUUUAGUAGUAUUCCGGGUGCCGAUGUGGAAGAACGCCUGGGUGUCGAUCCGUUCCAAGUGAUGAUCCAAAAGUUGGAUCAAUAUUUCGCACCCAAAGAACACGAGGCUUAUCAAAGAUUACAGUUUUGGAUGCUAAAACCAAAGGAGAAAGACGAAUCGUUUGACAAAUUUUUGCUUAGAACCGCUGAGAUGACUAAUAUGUGUAAUUUUGGAAACAGUUUGCAAGAGAGUAGAGAAAUUAGCGUAAUCGACAAACUGAUCCAAACCGCAGCCCCAGAUUUACGCGAGAAGAUACUGCAGCAGGAAAAUUUGAAUAUUUACAUAAUAACAAAACUUAUAAAUGCUCACGAGGCAGUAAAAUUCCAAUCUCAACAAUUCACCGCGGCGUCCACCAACCAAUCGAGUGAAUUAGUGGUAAACAGGAUCCAAGGUUUGUCGCGAAACGUAUAUCGACCAAAUUUUCGAAAUGAGUAUCAAAACACACCUCGCGGCACGCUUGGCACCUCGUUUCGUAACUCUUACCGAGAUGAUUUAAUCGCUUGUGGUAAAUGUGGCUACAAAGAUCAGCGACACCCGGAUCGCAGGUGCCCAGCUUUAGAUAGAAAUUGCCUUAAGUGUGGCAAACAAGGACAUUUCUUAAUGUUCUGUCCUGACAGAUAUAGGUCACGGAAGCGCCAGGUGCCACACCAGGGUAACAAUUUUCGAAACAAUAGAUUCAAGCGUCCAGCAAUUAAUGCUGUUGAUACCGAAGAGAACGAUGAAUCAGGUAAUUUUCUGAACUAUAUUUCUAAUAGUAAAGCUGGAGAGGAACUUCUAUGGGUAACGAUCGGUGGAGUGAUGGUGCAAGUACUAAUUGAUUCUGGUUGCCAAUACAAUAUCAUUGACGAUACGACUUGGAAUAAAAUGCUAGCAGAAGGAGUUGAACAUGAAGAGCAACACAACAAAGACAAAACAUUCAGAGUUUAUGGCAAACAUUUCCGACCACUUGUUACCCGAACCGUUUUUGAGGCUGUCAUAUCAAUUGAAGACGACGCGAGACGAAUUCAAAAAACAGCAACAUUUUAUGUUAUAAACGAAGGAUCCCAACCACUUCUUGGUCGCGCCACUGCCAAAGAGCUAGGAGUUUUAGUGUUAGGGUUGCCCAGUUCACGAGAAAUGUUUGAUGUCUGUCAGCUAACUUGUAGCAAACAAGUAUUCCCGAAAAUAAGAGGUAUCCAACUAAGAAUUUCCAUCGAUCCAUCAGUAACUCCAGUUUGUCAAAGCGUUCGACGACCACCACUAGCUUUGUUGACUAAAAUUGAAGAAAAGCUACAUGCGUUGCUAGCAUCCGAUAUUAUAGAACCUGUGCAGGAAUACAGUCCAUGGGUAUCUCCGCUAGUUACUAUCCUCAAGGAUAAUGGAGAUCUCCGCCUAUGCGUUGACAUGCGCAGAGCAAACAUGGCCAUCAAGCGAGAAGCGCAUCCUAUGCCAACGUUCGAUGAUUUUCUUCCACGGCUUAAGAAGGCUCGUGUCUUUAGUCGGUUGGAUAUCAAAGAAUCAUUUUAUCAAAUGGAAUUACACAAAGAUUCGCGUCAUAUCACAACUUUUAUUACGCAUUUGGGCAUUUUUCGGUUUAAAAGGUUAAUGUUCGGCAUUUCGUGCGCACCGGAAAUGUUCCAAAAAGGUUUGGAACAGAUUUUAGUAACUUGCAACAAUACGAUAAACUUUAUAGAUGAUAUCCUUAUUUUCGGGGAAAAUUUAUCAGAACACGACAAGGAACUUGAUAAAACGCUAGCAACGUUGAGAACAGCAGGAGUUCUACUGAACCACGAAAAGUGUGUAGUCAGCUUACCUUCUCGGGCGCACCUUCGAACUGGAAACUGACCA